AAGGCAGCCUCUUUAUAUAUUUUGGAAAAGAAGCAGGCUGUGUAACAGACAGAGCCUCAGCCGUCUCCCACACAAUCUGCUUGACACCAAGGAGGCAAUAACCACACAACAAGAUGUGCAAAGGACUAGCAGCUUUGCCGCACACAUGUCUGGAGAGAGCCAAGGAGAUCAAGACCAAGUUGGGCACAUUGCUCCAGAAGCCUGACUCCUCCAUAGACCUGAUUAUCCCAUAUCCAGAGAAGCCAGAAAAACCAGCAAAGGCCCAGAAACCUUCUGCGGAGGAGGCUUGGCAAUGGCGCAACUCUCUGGAGAAACUCCUUCAAAAUCCUUAUGGGCUUGCCAGCUUCCAGAAUUUUCUCCAGUCUGAAUUCAGUCAAGAGAAUAUUGAAUUCUGGAUUGCUUGUGAAGACUAUAAGAAAAUAAAAUUUCCUCCUAAAAUGGCUGAAAAGGCCAAGAAAAUUUAUGAAGAAUUCAUCCAGAGUGAGGCUCCUAAAGAGGUAAACAUUGACCAUUUCACCAAGUCUGUGACCAUGAAGAAUCUGGUGGAACCAUCUGAGAGCACUUUUGACUUGGCUCAGAAGAGGAUCUUCAUGUUGAUGGAGAAGGAUUCUCUCCCCAGAUUUGUGCGUUCCACGGUCUUUCAGGAGUUAGUAAAGUAGCAAUGUGGCAGAGCUGUGCUAGGCUUUGAUACUCUUGUCCCCAAGCAGGGCCAUUGCUUACUCCAAUUAUUAGCAACUAAUGUGUAUCUUAGCUACCUUUCCUUAUGUAUAUUUUAGGCUUCAGUUGUUUAAAGGCUGAUGUUGCUAAAUAUCUUGUCCAUGCUGUUUGGUCUCUCUGUUCUUCUUUCCAGAUGAUUCAGUCUUACCCUUUCCUCACAUUUCUUCCCUCCCCCAGCCUGUCACUGACACUGAUAUAAAAACUGUUGCAGAAAGGGGCAAGGUACCUGGUGGGUAACCAGCAGGGUUUGAAAAGCUACACUGGUCAUCCCUUGUUAAAUAUAACACAGGGUCAGUAUUUACACACAGAAGGCCAAUCCAACUCUAAAUUCUUCUAAUAUGUUUGAUCCAACCAUUCUAGAUUUAAGAAUGUAAUAUGUUUUCCUCUGUUUGAAGUUUCCUGAGAGAACUAGAAUUUUGAAUAGCGUAACCUGUACUUAUCAUUAAUCAUUAGCAAAUAAGUCUGUGACCAGACAGACCUGUCUUUCCCAAUUUAAUAUACCCUAGACAAGUUUUGUAGUGCAGCCAGUGGGGCAUGCUAGCUGUGGAUGAUAGGAAUCAUAAAUCACCAUAUUUAGGAGAUGCCAGUUUGGGAAGGCUGUGUCAGAUGGCGCACAUACAAUGGUUUGAACCUUCUAUUGUUUGUAUUUAUUAUCUCCAUCAAACAUCAAUUGCAAAUUAAUCAGUAAUGCAUAGAAUCACAAAUUUAAAAAAAAGAUGAAGGAAGGCUUUCAAAAAUGCAGUCUGUCUUGCAGAAGAAUGGAUUAGAUCCGCACAUGUCAUCUUACUAUUUAUUUAUUGCUAAUUGAAUGACUAAGAAUGCAAGUACAGGAAUACGAGAAUGAAUAAGAAUGGGAACAGAAACAAUAUUGCUCUUAUGCCUUUUUACUUAAAUGCUUUAGAGAGCCUAUUCACAUAUCAUCAUCUCAAAACUUUGGUACCACAUGGUGAUUUCACACCAGCAGUUUCUUCUAUUGAAAUGUUAUUUACACCACUGUCUGGUGAAAUCUGGUGUAUCUCAUACCACAGAGAAGAGACUAGCAUAUAUUAGUCCUUUCUGUAUAAGAGAGCACUUGAAUAUAUACUCACUGUGGGAAAGCGAUGUCAUAAAAUUGACCGUGUAAUAAUUAGUUACAUUGACAUGGAAGUGUUUGAACCCUGAAGUUUGUAACAAGUAUGUGAUGGUGGUUUCAGGUUUACGUCUCAAUAAUAUAAAUAUAAUAUUAAUAGGUUUGAUGGAGCUAUUUUGCCCAUUGUUUGGAACUAGGCCAACCAGCUGAUCAGAACUAAGCAACGAAUUAAAGUUGCUGGCAGAAUAAUUGUUACAUCUAUCAUCCUCACAUUUAUUGUAAGCGCCAAUGCUCUUCAACAAAGAAAUUCUCACAACAGAAAAGAAGCAAAGAACAAGACUGAACAGUGACCAUGCUAGUUUUUUUUAAUGACAAAUGUUUAUUUUCUGGAAUUAGUAAAACUAACCUUGCCUGCAUCAAGCAUGGUGCUGGACUGCCCUCAUUUCUUUUGCAGGCUCUAGCAGGCAGCAGGCCAGGAGUUUGUUGAGCUCCUUGUGGACUACAUAUGGCUUAGUGUACAACUAGUUGCACAAAACUGCUCUUCUAGAAAGAAGACUAAAGAGAAUGUGAUAGUUUUUCAGACAGAAGCCAAUGGUGUCCCAACCUAUUGUACAGUGCUGGAGUUAAGGGAAGGGAUAUGUAGAUGAUAGCAUUGUGCAUUUUCAAAAUAUCCAACUAAAAAAAAUUUGGAGAUGGGAACAGAAAGAAAAAAAAUCAGAUAAUCAGUGUCCAGACAGCAUGACUUAUUUAGCUACGUAGGUCUCUUAUUUAUCAUUUCCUGCAUUACAUUUAUUGGGAUUACAAUUUCUGUAAUGGCCCUGCCCAGCCUUCCCUGCCUUUGCACAGCCUUACAUAAUGCUCCUGAGGUACAGUACUCUUUUCUGAAUUAUGAUGAAAAUAUCUGUGGUUAUAUAUUAUCCUAUUAAUUUGUUCUGUAGCAGGCUUGUCACAAAGUGAUAUUUUAGAUGCAAACCUUAAGCCUCAAGAUGAAAAUGCGAAUGAAAUAUAUACAGUAUAAUCAACGAGUUUUAUCUUGUGCAGAUUGCAUUGAUGUGGAUAGAAAAGGUAUUCAAUGGGAUGAAGAAAAUGGAGUUAAAUUCUAGAAAACUUAUCAGUGCUACUAGUGUAAAUGGCACUUGCUAGAGUAUGUAUGCAUACUCUGAAGCAGUAUGCCUCUGUCCCUAUCCCAAAAAAGCUGAUAGGUGCUCUUCAGAAUAUCUGAUCAAGGUUGCACACAAACAUUUCUGCUUGCUGAAUCCCUGUGGUAGGAAAUUGUGCGUAUAAUUCUCAUUUGUGUGAGUGUAUAACUAUUUUCUAGAUAUAUAAACAGGACUGUUUAAUAUAAUUUAUUCCAUUGUCUAAUGAUAUGUUGUAAUACAGCAUGACUAACCCAUAAUAUGCCCUCCUCAUCUUUGAUCUAUUAUUUUCCACUGAGUGGCUUCAAAUUACAGGAAGGUUUGGAUUUUCAGAUAAAAGUGUUGAAUGCAUUUUUCAAAAAAGGGAUCAUUUUUGAGAACUUUUUAAAGUUUUGAUAUUUCCCAGAACUAAAAUAGUUAGGCAUAGAUUAAAAUAUAAAUAUGUUAAAAAUAAAACAUAAAGACUAGGUGCCAAACUCUUUUAAAUUUGAGAUGAAGGCAGAAUUUAAAACUGAAAUAACUUUGGCAGACUUUGUUCUUAUAAAACUUUGGUAUGUUUAAAUAAUAGUUUUAUUUAUUUUAUUAAAAAUUUGUUCAGUUCUUAUUCAUUACAUUUCAUAAGGUAGGGCUCAUGGGACACUAAUGCUUUAUUUAAAGACAACAGAUCUACCACCAAAUUUAAUGGAUCCCUCACAGUUUAAACCUUGGGUGUAUCCACAAUGCAUAAUUAAAUCAAUUCACACCACUUAAAUUGCCAUGGCACUAUCCUACAGAAUCCUGGGAUUUGUAGUUUCAUGAGGCACCAGAGCUCUGUGACAAAGCAGAAUACCUUACCAAACUACAAAUUUCAGGAUUCUGUAGGAUAGAGUCAUGGCAGUUAAAGUUGUGUCAGACUGCUUUAAUUUUGCAGUAUGGAUAAACCCUUAGUGUUGGCCAAAGAAAAUAUCAUGCUAUGGACCACUGAGGUACUAAGAAAGCUUGUGUUGUCACUACAAAACCAAGCAGACUGGUGCCUGUAUCACAGAAACAGAAGGUCCCUUUUACCCUGCUGAUAGCCAAUGUUUGUGUCUGAUGUAUUAUCACGGUGACAUCAUAAUGCUGGUCACUAUUAUAAUUUACUCACUUAGAAAAACUCAGGAACCUAAGCAUCGUUGCUACCAUGUUCAUAUGCAGCACACAGAGUUCAUGCAGGACAAUUUCCAGUGGGAUUGUGGGCAAAUCCUAUGAUGAUGGAUACAGAAGUGGGAAGUCAGUUAAGGACAGCAGUGUAGAAGAUGCUUAUUACCAGCUUUAAUACAUCUGUAUUAGUGCCCUAUAAACUCAGGUAUUGGUUCCUUGAGUUUAAUCUAAAGUUUCAAGAGUCUAAAACUAAAGGAAAUCAUCAACAUCUUAGAGUAAGGAGACAAUCACCGAAUCAAGGUAAAUGGCUGGAUAUUUUCUCAGGCUUGCCAAGUGUUGUCAUUUGCUCUGCCCCACCAGAUUCAUCUUGAACUCCGAGGCACAGCCAGCUCCCUUGCCCUGCUCUACUGCAUUCAGUCCUCUAGCUUCAUCAAGUCUGCCUUAUUAGACCAUCUUCUUUUAAGACCUGUCAAGUUCCAGGUGCUAUUCCUUGAGUCUCAGAUCUACUGCUCUCAGAGUUAUAAACAUUAUACUCCCUGGUCUUUUAAGAAAACAGUUUGAAAGGAAAUCCCAAACACUAGCUGCUUGAAGAUGCUUUAAUAAUCUUCUUUCCUGAGGAAAUCUCUGACAACAAGUGAUUCAUUCUUGCUGGAGGUCUGCUGUGGGCUGGUGUUUUCUCCUGGGCCACCAGCCUUCCCAUAAUGCUGUGUGCAAAUGUUGAGAUGGAGGGGGGGGGGGGGCUAUGUGGGAAAGGGAUCAUUUGAAAGAGCUUACUGUACCUACACAUGCUGAUAACUGAAUAGGCCAUUUGAACUCCUCCUCCCUAGAGACUUGUUUUCCAGUUUCUCCUGGCACCUGGGAGCCAAGGUUGGUGCUGCUUAUGCUGCUCCUUGAGCUCUUGCCUUUGAUGUUACAAAGAGCUUGUCAGGUCAGUUGAGAUUAUCACAGUGCCCUUUUCCAUCUUUCAAUCCCAAUCUCAGCAUGGCAGAUCUUUCCAAAGUAUGAGAGGAGUCCAGAUCAGGUAUGAGAUGCCUCUGACCUGGGCACAGAGACGUGUAAUAAAAUCCAUUCUUAAAAGUUUUAAUCUGUGCUGAGGUCAAAAGGGAAUGACAACAAUCAAUGACAACAAACAAAAGUGCAGGACAACAAUCUCUGAAAUGUUUCACUGAACAGCCUACCCACUUCAUUCAGUGAGACAGCGAGUGACAUAAAAUGGAAUAAGCAAAGGCCUCAUCUGCACUGCAG